UAGCUAAGUUUUCUGGGCCAGCCACGUUCUGAAAAUAAUUUCUGUUCAAACAACACUGUGAUCAUGACUGACUCGCCGGAGGAGCGAAGGAGCAAGGAGGUGGCGCCCGCUGCGGCUCCGGUUAAGGAGGCGGAACCGGGCAAGGGUAAGAAGGAGAAGAAGGACAAGUCGUCGGCCGAGGGAAAGGAUAAGGCGGCCAAGGGCGAGAAGCAGCAGAGCAACAGCCAGCGCGGAUCUCUGAGCAAGUCACAUCUGGGCGUGCCAGCUCCCAUGGGCAUGGGUGCCGCCCCGGCCAAGCCCACAAUGCGAUUCAUGCCCACGUACCGCCUGGAAUCCAAGAAUCCGUUAAACAAGGAACGCGUGGAGAACAUUAUCAAGGCUGUAAUGAACAAGCACUACAACGACGAGUACAUGUUCCACCCCAAGCACUCGCUGCACAUGGCGGCGCAGGUCAGUGAGGAGAUCAAGAACCGUAUUAAACUCAACAACUACGACAGAUAUCGCUACAUAGUGCUGGUCACCGUGGGCGAAUUCCUGAUGCAGGGCCUCUAUUCCAUGGUCAACUUCUUGUGGGAUGCCGAGAAGGACGGAUUCGUUACCUACAGGGUGGAGAGGCCGUCCUACUUUGCAGUCUGCACGACGUUUUACCUGUACUACGAUUAAGAGCGGGCAUCGAGGAGGAUCUCUUGGUGCCUUCAAGUUGUUAUUAAAAUUUAAGUUAAUGUUAACAUGGGUGCAGAGUGAUGGGGAUGGUGGGAUGGGAUUACCUGGCUGCUUAUUCGCCUCCGGGUGGAUGGUUUCACAUUGUUCCUGGAUUGCACUUGGUACUUGGCACUAUAAAUCACAUUUUUUGGAGCACCAGAUCUUUGAACACACAUUCAUUUAAAUUUUUAUUACAUUUAUUUUGAAUUAGA